AUGGCGAACACCACUAUUACAUCGCCGUUUCGCCUCUCGUACAGAGACACAGACAGGUUGGAGCGCAAUGAGGCUUUCGCAGCGAUGCGGGAGCACCUGAGGCGCCAGGAGUUGGGCAUGCAAGCUCCCAGCUUUUGCUCGUUUCACCGCCAGUCUUGCUCGAACCAUGCGCAAGAGACGUUCCGCUUGCAUCGCGAUAUCAUCCACACGCUGUUACUACCAUUAGUCCUCCUGCACCACCAGGCGUCGCGGACGGCGGCCAGCGUGCUGCCGGAUGACAAGGGUCUGGAAUCGGAACGGGCGUUUCGAGGAGAGGCCCGCAGCGCCUAUGCGUGGCUGCAUUGCGUGCUCACCGAAGAGCACGAUUCGUAUCUGACCGAACGGUGUCCCGCCUGCAUUGUGCUGCACGUGCUGAAUUCCGAACCGACUAUCCGUUUCGUUGCAGUAGCGUGUCUACUAGCCGACCACUUGCAGGGACUCGACAUGCUCAACUCGAAGCGACGGCUGCCGAGCUUCGACUUUUGGUUCGAGGCGCUGGAAACGGCGGUCCGCGAGGAUCCGUUCUGGGGUGACGACUUCUGGCCCGAUAUCGAGUACCGCGCCUGCACGCUGACCGAUGGUGUCAAGCAACUGGUGUUACAGUGUCUGGAGCUCCGGGCGGUUCUAGACCGGCAGACUCUCCAGUCGCAGGCGUCGUACAAGGCCAACUCGCACUUGCGACGUGACACAUCACGCCAGCAGGCCCACCCAAUAGCGGUGAAGACCUCCCGGAUGACGGGCGAGGAGCAGAAGUGGUUGGGCAAGGCCGCGGCAAGUCGGUGCUUGCAGUCGUAUCGGAACGAUCGUACUCAACGAUUCCACACCCGCCGGCACGGCGACCCCCGCAGCAGAUCGGUGACCUCGUGA